AUGCGUCGUAUAAAAGAUGAUGUAUCCAAACAGAUUUUCUUGGUCAACAAAAACUCAAAUGAAGAAAUAAUCAGUCCAGAACAACCACUAAAAGAUGAUGAUACACCAAGUCAAUGCGAAACAGUUAUAAUUCCAGUUGAAAAUAAUUAUACAUCUACUGCUUCAACUAAUGCUGGUUUGCUUCAAUAUACUCAUGAAGAGGUCAAUAGUAAUAAAAACACAAACUAUGAUAAUCCUAUUUUAACAGAUCAUGAUAAAAGUCAUUAUUUAAGUGAAAAGUUACGUAAUUGGGUGAUUAAAUACCAUGUUUCACAUAACUGCGUUGAUGAACUGUUGUUAAUUCUGAUAUCUAUUGGUUUAAAAGUACCAAAAACAGCUAAAACGUUUCUACAAACUCCUAAAGUAAACAGCCACAAAGUUAGUAUUGUUCAUCCUGGCUCAUAUAUACAUUUAGGUGUAGAGUUUAUGCUUACUAAAAUCUUAGCUCCUCAUAUAUUUUGCCUUGAAAAUAAGAUCCCGAUAAAAUUAAGUGUUAACAUUGAUGGUUUACCAUUAACAUCCAGUUCAAAGUCCAGUUUUUGGCCAAUACUUAUAUCUUUUGCAAAUGUACCAAUAUUAUUAAAAACUGUAGUUCCAGUAGGAAUUUAUCAUGGUAAAUUCACAAAACCUUCUUCGAGUCAUGAAUUUUUAAAUCCAUUUAUAACAGAAAUGAAAGAAAUUAUAAAUAAUGGUUUGUGUAUUAAUAAUAUUUUACUUAAAUUUGAAAUUUCCCAAAUUGUGUGUGAUGCUCCUGCAAAAAGUUUUGUAUUAAAUGUAAAAAAUUUUAAUGCCUAUCAUGGAUGUAACUCGUGUACAGUAGAAGGUACUUUCAUAAAAAAUCGAAUGGCUUUUUUAGAAUUAAAUGCUCCUUUAAGGUCCAAUGAAACAUUUAGAAAUAAACUUGAUGAAUACUAUCAUAAAGAUGUAAGUCCAUUGGAAGAAUUGCCCAUAGAUAUAACGUCAACGGUAGUACUUGAAUACAUGCAUAACAUAUGUCUCGGUGUUGUUAAAAAGUUGAUUGUUUUUUGGACCAAAGGUAAAAAGCCUGUUCGACUAAUAAAUCCUGAUGAAGUAUCACAAGAAUUAGUUAAUAUGAAAUCUUUUUUACCAUCAGAGUUUAAUCGUUUACCUAGAACAUUAGAAGAAGUUGAAUAUUGGAAGGCCACAGAAUUUAGAACUUUUUUGCUGUAUACUGGCCCAAUAGUAUUAAAAGGUCGAUUAAAAACAUCACUAUAUAAACAUUUUAUACUUUUAAGUUCUGCUGUUCGCAUUCUCAUUUCCCCUGAAACUUGUUUCACUCAUAAUUACUUAGCUAAAGAUUUGUUGAAAAGAUUUGUAUGUGAAUAUUCAUCUAAUUAUGGUGAAGAAUAUGUUGGUUAUAAUGUGCAUGGGUUAAUUCAUGUCUGUGAUUUUGUUUUGACACAUGGUGCUUUAGAUUUAUUUAGUGCUUUUAAAUUUGAAAAUUAUUUACAAUUUAUUAAAAAAAGUUCUAAAAAUUCUAAAAAUCCACUUGAAGAUAUUUAUAAUCGCAUAAUCGAACACGUAAAUGCUCAAACUAAUAUUACUCCACAGAAUUUCCCUAUCCUUGAAAAUGAAUUGCCCUUUGAUCAUAUAGAAAAUAAUUCAAUAAAUGAAACAUUAUAUGAGAGAAUUAUUUUAAAACAAUUUAUUGUGAGCUCUAAAAAAGUUAAAGAUUCAUAUUUUAUACUUGAUAAUGAUGAUUUAGUCAAAGUCAAUAAAAUAAUUCAUUUUUUGAGUGGUAACAUUAAACUAGAGGUAACUAAAUUUAUAUAUUCCCCUUUUUUUGUGAAUCCUGUAUCUUCAGAUAUACUUAAAAUAUUUUCUGUUAAUGGAAUUAUACCUGAAGCUAGACUUUUAAUUAAUUUAAAUGUAUUAAAAUAUAAAUGUUUUACGGUGCCAAUUGAUGAAAAUAAAUAUAUAUCAAUUGCAUUGCUGCAUACUGAUUGA